AUGACCACCAGCAGCGCAGCCUCCACGUCCAACCCGGUACAGCGCGUGCACAGCGCGCUUUUUCCAACGGCCGCCCCGACAACGCUGCACGCGCUGCCAAGCCUCGCGGCCGAGCUGGGCGUGAAAGCCUUGUACGUCAAGGACGAGUCGGCUCGUUACGGCCUGCCGGCGUUCAAGAUCCUCGGGGCGAGCUAUGCGCUCGCGAGCGUGCUCGGGCGUCGGUGGGGCGUGGAGCCGUGGGACGUCGCUGCGCUGCGGGAGCGUGCGGCGAAAGACCAGGUCACGGUGUUCGCCGCGACGGAUGGUAACCAUGGCCGCGCGACCGCGCACACUGCCCGCCUGCUGGGCCUCCCGGCACACAUCUACGUCCCGCGCACGGUGGAGCCGUGGUCCGUCAAGGCGAUCGAGAGCGAGGGAUGCCCCGUGACGCAGGUCGACGCGGACUACGACGGCGCGGUGCGCGCUGCCGCCGACGCCGCUGAGGCCGCGCACGGGCUGUUGAUCCAGGACAUGUCAUGGGAGGACUAUGUCGAUAUCCCAGAGCUCAUUACACAAGGAUACAUGACCAUCCUGUCCGAGGCGGACGCGCAGCUGCCACCGGGGGUACAGGCUACGGCCGUCAUCGUGCCCGUCGGUGUGGGCUCGCUCGCGCACGCAGUGGUGCAGUGGUACCACGGCGGCGUGUCCGGCCCCGCCCUGAGCACCUCACCCAACGUGCGCAUCCUGUCCGCCGAACCCGAGGCCGCGCCGUGUCUUCACACGUCGCUGGCGAACGGCGCCCCGACGCCAGUGGAGACAAGCUUCACCAUCAUGCCGGGGCUCAACUGCGGCACGGUGAACCCCGAGGCAUGGCCCGACCUCCAGCGGGUCAUCCGCCCGGCGGACGCGCUGGUGGUGACCGACGACGAGGCGCGCGCCGAGGUCGCAGCGCUCGGCGGGCUCGGCGUGCCCGCCGGCCCGUGUGGUGCUGCGAGUCUGGCCGCGGCCCGCAAGGCGAGCCUUGGCAAGGAGGACGUGCUCGUGCUUAUCUGCACAGAGGGGGUCGCGGGGAGCGCAUAG